CGUAGUCCUUGCCUCUAUACGUCAUGCUGGCCUUAUGGAACCUUUUGCUCUAUGUAAUUCUCUUUGUCAAUGGUUUAAGCCAGUUUAAGCGACAAAUAAUUUUGUGCAUGGACGACGUGUAUGUACGUGAAUUUUGAAUAAAUGCAAAGUACCGGGCCAAAAUUACAAAAAGGUUAACUACUUUCAAUAUCAUGUUAAAGUAAGUAGGAUCAAACCAUUUAAAUAUUAGUAUUUCAUACAGUAAUGGCUCGAGGAAAAAGACCAAUUCGUGGGGGAAAGCGAAAAUUUGAUAGACAUGACGAGCGAAAACAGAAAAUCAAGAAAGGAAAAUUUAAUUUAAGAGAAGCCUCUUAUGUCAAAGAGAGGGAUGCUAAAAAUGAGGAAAUUGAAAAUCGCAGGCGUCGAAUAGAAGAAGAAAAGGCUAGACAAAGAAGACUAGAAUCUGAAAGCUCGGAAGAAGAGCAAGAGGAUUUUACCAAAGUAUUGCUAGCUACAUUAGGGACUUCAUAUGCAAAAAAAUCUGCAAUUGAAUCAGAGUCAGAAAGUGAGGAAGAAUCUGAUGAUGUGCACACAGAAGAAGUGAAAUUAGCCGAUAAUCAAAACUUGUUAAGAGAAGAAGAUAAUGAAGAUAGUACAGAAAGCACCGAAGAGGAGAUUGAAAUGAGAAUAAAAGAUGAUAACGAGGAAGAUCCAGAAACUGCUAAGGAAGAUGUAGGUCAUGUAAAAGAUCCAUUUUCUUUACACCUUCGCAAUGAUUUAGAUGAGGAGCUUUAUAAAGCUGUUUCUAAUAAUCCACAACCUGUGGAAUUGCAUAAAUUAAACUGGCCCAAACUUGGAAACAUAACGUGUCAAAUUUCUAAGGUUUUAUUAAAGAAUGAUCAAACUGAAAAGAAAAGACCAAUAAUUUCAAUCUUAGAAAACAAACAAUUUGCAAAGCAUGGUAGUAUUCCACAUUUGAUCAGUAAAGUUGAUUGGAACAAAUUGUAUAUAAAGGCACAGAUCCAAAACAAUUUAUCUAGAGCUAAUUAUAAUAAUAUUAAAGAUACUGUACACGAUGAUCCCACACCUAUGACAGCUCUCCAGAAGGAGUUAUUUUCUGUAAUCAAUAAUUAUCAAGAUCUAUAUUAUCCUGAAAGAAAUUUUAUAAAUGAAGAACAAAUUAGGUUUGUUUAUUGUUUACAUGUUGUCAAUCACGUUUUAAAAACUAGAACCAAAAUAUUGCAUCACAAUGCAAAAUUAGCAAAAACGAAAGAUACAGCAGAAAUUCCAGAUGAGUACCGUGAUCAAGGACUAGUUAGGCCAAAGGUAUUAAUAAUAGUGCCUUUUCGAAACUCGUGUUUAAAAAUAGUUGAACAAUUAAUUUCAAUUUUAAUUGGUGAGGAUAAGGGAGGUUCGGUAAUAAAUAAAAAAAGGUUCAUGGAAGACUUUGGUGGACGGGAAUUGAAAUUACCAAAACGAAAUCCAAAGCCAGAUGACUACGAGUUAACUUUUAAGGGAAAUAUAGAUGAUACCUUUAGAAUUGGUAUAGCGAUCACUAAAAAAACAUUGAAAUUAUAUUCUGAAUUUUAUUCAUCGGAUAUUAUAAUUUCUUCCGUUUUGGGUUUGAGAAUGAUAGUUGGUGCAGAAGGGGAAGCAGACAGAGAUUAUGAUUUUUUAGCUUCUAUAGAAUUAUUAAUUAUGGAUCAAAUGGAACUUUUUUUAAUGCAAAAUUGGGAUCACCUAAUUCAUAUUUUAAACCACUUACACCUUCAACCAAAAGAUGCCCAUGGUACCGAUUUUUCUCGUGUUCGAAGUUGGUGUGUUAACGGGUGGUCAAAAUACUAUCGGCAGACUUUAAUGUUUUCCAGUAUACAGAUUCCAGAAAUACAUGCACUUUUUAACAAAAAGUGUUUCAAUUACGCGGGUAAAGUGAAAGUGGCUAAUCCAAUUUUUUCUGGAUCCGUUUGUCAAGUUGUAGUGCAAGUACCUCAAGUCUUUCACAGAUUUGAAGCAACAAGUUAUACUCAAGCUAUUGAAGCUAGAAUGGACUUUUUCAUAACAAAGAUCUUGCCACAAUACAAAGACAGCAUUAUGAAUCAUACGUUAAUUUUCAUCCCAUCAUAUUUCGACUUUGUGAAGCUAAGAAAUUAUUUUAAGAAGGAGGAAUUGAGUUUUGUUCAAAUUUGUGAAUAUUCAAAAGAUGCUAAAAUAGCUAGAGCUAGAGACAUGUUUUUCCAUAGCGAUGCUCAUUUUCUCUUAUAUUCCGAGCGCUUUCACUUUUUCCGCAGAAUACGUAUGAAAGGUAUAAGGCAUCUUAUCUUCUUUGCGCCACCAGUGUUUCCUCAUUUUUACAGUGAAAUGUGUAACCUUAUGCAUGAAGCGAACCAAAAUCCACGAGCAGGUUCUGAAAGUAACAUGUCAGUGACUGUGCUUUACUCAAAGUAUGAUGCUUUACAAAUUGCAGCUAUCGUUAAUUCUGAGAGGGCUGGGAAACUAUUAGGAUCACAUAAAAAUGUUCAUAUGUUAAUGACGGGGGAAUAAAUAUACAACUAUCAUC